AUGAAUCUCUUUGCUCCCCUGACGGAUGUCGCUGUUGUACCAAAGUUCUUUGCGGGAUCGGAUCAUCGCCGCCUACGAGGAAGACUCUCUUUCAUACGGACAAUCAUCGACUGGGAUCUCUUCGCUUCGCUAGUCGAAUUUUGGGAAGAUACCGCUAUGGACAACAUCGACGACGAAUAUGAUCGGCUCGUAGAGCAUCUUCACAACUGA